AUGAAUAAACCAAUACAGUACACGAUGCCAAAAGACCUGGAUAUGUUAUCAUACGAUAUGCGAUACCAGAGUCUGAAAGCCUUUAUUUGUUUGAAAACUUCUUCAGCUAUAAUAAAAGCACUGAAAACCGAAAUAAUAAACUUCUCGACAAUGACUGUCACCGCAAAUGUCACUAAUUCCGAGAUUUGGGAAAAUAACAAGAAGUAUGCCGUCUAUAAAGUGGUCGUCAAUUGUGAUGACAAGACUUGGGUUCUCUAUCGUCGAUACAAUGAAUUCAGCAAAUUAUGUGAUUUAAUUAAGAAACAGUGUCCGUGGCUUUCGAAGGACCUGAAACUGCCGGGAAAAAAGCUCUUCGGCAACAAUUUUAGCACCGAAUUCAUGAAGACUCGUCGCAAAGGUUUGGACACUUUAGUGCAGACAAUGCUCGCCGAGCCUCGCAAAGGAAACUUAGAUUUCAAAAAUAUUGACCCAGAGUUUACACGCGAAGCGAUUCCGGCGUCGGUCUGUAAAUCGCAUGGAAUGAGUGUCGGAUCGAGUCUUCCGGACAAUGCCUUUCAAGGGUUUUCAUACGCGCCUCCAAUCGAGCUGAACGGCCGAUAGGCGUCCACCAAAUGAUAAGUACAACAAUUAAACGAUUACUACGAUUACUACACUAUGAGCUUAACUCUAAUCUAAUGUAAACAACAAUUUAUGAAGAACUUCGCACACAUUCUAAGAGUUACUUCCAAUUAAUUACCGUCUAAUCAAAUAAGAAAUCAAAUUCAGUGCAACAACUAGUCGUCGAUUGUUUUAUUUAUAGCUAUAUUUUUCUACAAUUAAUGCCAUAUCUGAUGAAAUUGAUAUCAAAUCAUUCAAUCAAUGCUCAAACUAUUUAAUUGUUUUAUUAAUUAUGAAAAUAUUUAAUUCGGUUAUAGAGUCAUAAUAUACAGUCACGAAAAUAUAGAGCUCUCAGUACUCAAUACAUUUGAUUACAUUGAGUGCAUUUCAUUACAUUUGAUAAUAAGUUAUUAGAUUAUCGUUAAUAUUAAGUGUUUCUAUUUUAUACAUGAAGUUUAAUAUCAGCAAAAUUUGAAGUCUAUUACAAUUGCCAUUACAUUAAUUGUGUAAUAAUAUAUGUUUUAGUCUUCAGUCCAGACAACUAUUAAUUAAACCAAUUUUACUGUAAAAUAAGUC